UCAGUGACGCAAUGGCCCCACUGAGAGCGACGCCACGGUGAGGGGGGGACUCGGCAUCACACGCAGGCAGACAUCAGGCACCGUGUCCGCGAAUGCAGCCCCGCACGCAGGACGCCGCAGUCGACAGCAUCCCACCAUUUUUGGACCUACGCGGACGCUAGAGAGUCACCUUCAUCCCGGCGGCGAACCAGGAGAACAUUUAGGCUCACCGAAAACAAGCCGUGGUUGCCGGAGAACCGCACAAGGACACACACGUUCGUAACUCAAUCUUCCAUUAUUUCCUCCCCCCCUUCCACCUCCACCACCACCGGGCGGCUGUCUUCGAAGGAAGCCGACCGAGCUGCACCUGAGGCGGGCGUGAAGUGCGGGAAGGAGAGCCGUCCUAGUCAGCCAUGGAGAACUCUCACACCAAGAGUGUGGAAGAAGUUUACGGCUAUUUCUGCGUCAACGAGAGCACGGGACUCUCCCUGGACGAGGUGAAACGGCAGCGGGAGAAAUGGGGCCUGAACGAGUUACCAGCAGAAGAAGGAAAAUCUUUAUGGGAGCUUGUCAUCGAACAGUUUGAAGAUUUACUUGUACGAAUUCUUCUGCUGGCUGCCUGUAUUUCUUUUGUGCUGGCCUGGUUUGAGGAGGGAGAAGAAACCAUCACAGCAUUCGUGGAACCAUUUGUAAUUUUACUUAUUCUUAUUGCCAACGCAAUUGUCGGUGUGUGGCAGGAACGCAAUGCUGAAGAUGCCAUUGAGGCACUGAAGGAGUAUGAACCUGAGAUGGGGAAAGUGUAUCGGCAGGACCGGAAGACAGUCCAGAGGAUCAAGGCCAGAGAUAUUGUUCCUGGAGACAUUGUAGAAGUUGCUGUUGGAGACAAAGUGCCUGCCGAUAUCCGUAUCUGUUCAAUCAAAUCAACAACCUUGAGGGUUGACCAGUCCAUUCUCACUGGGGAGUCUGUCUCUGUCAUCAAACACACCGACCCUGUGCCCGACCCUCGUGCUGUCAAUCAAGACAAGAAGAACAUGCUCUUCUCUGGUACCAACAUUGCUGCUGGGAAGGCUGUGGGAGUGGCUGUGGCCACGGGUGUUAACACAGAGAUUGGUAAGAUCCGUGAUGAGAUGGCGGCCACCGAGCAGGACAAGACACCCUUGCAACAGAAAUUGGAUGAGUUUGGCGAACAGCUGUCCAAGGUCAUAUCCCUCAUUUGCAUUGCGGUGUGGAUCAUCAACAUCGGCCAUUUCAAUGACCCCGUGCAUGGAGGCUCGUGGAUUCGUGGAGCUGUCUACUAUUUCAAGAUUGCUGUGGCACUGGCUGUGGCUGCCAUCCCUGAAGGUCUUCCUGCUGUCAUCACCACCUGUUUGGCUCUGGGCACCCGCCGCAUGGCCAAGAAAAAUGCCAUUGUCCGAAGUUUGCCCUCUGUGGAAACACUAGGCUGCACAUCUGUCAUUUGUUCUGACAAGACCGGAACUCUGACCACCAAUCAAAUGUCUGUCUGCAGAAUGUUCAUCGUCAACAAAGCCGAAGGUGACAGCUUCUCGCUGACAGAGUUUACCAUCACAGGUUCUACCUAUGCGCCUGAGGGAGACGUAUACCAGGAUGGUAAACCAGUGAGAUCCUCCCAGUAUGAUGCCCUGGUUGAACUGGCCACCAUCUGUGCCCUCUGUAAUGACUCAUCCCUGGACUUCAAUGAGGUUAAAGGAGUGUUCGAAAAGGUUGGUGAGGCAACAGAGACGGCACUGACCUGUCUGGUGGAGAAAAUGAAUGUCUUUGACACCGAAGUCCACAGCCUGUCAAAGAUCGACAGAGCUAACGCCUGCAACUCGGUGAUCAAACAGCUCAUGAAAAAGGAGUUCACUCUGGAGUUUUCAAGGGACAGGAAGUCCAUGUCUGUCUACUGUACCCCCAACAAAUCCCGUUCUUCCUUGGGCAAAAUGUUUGUGAAGGGGGCACCAGAGGGCGUUAUUGAGCGAUGCACCCAUGUCAGAGUAGGAAACAGCAAAGUUCCCCUCAGCAAAAGUAUAAAGGAAAAAAUCCUGUCCGUGAUCCGGGACUACGGUACUGGCCGCGAUACGCUGAGGUGCCUGGCUCUGGCCACACGGGACAACCCGCCUAAGAUGGAGGAUAUGUUACUUUCCGACACCGCCAAAUUCUCUGACUAUGAGUCUGAUCUGACCUUCGUCGGCUGUGUGGGCAUGCUGGACCCACCCAGACAGGAGGUAGCGGCGUCCAUCAAGCUCUGUCGCCAGGCUGGCAUCCGCGUCAUCAUGAUCACCGGGGACAACAAGGGCACAGCCGUGGCCAUCUGCCGCCGCAUCGGCAUCUUCUCUGAGGACGACGACGUGGAGCACAUGGCCUACACUGGGCGGGAGUUUGACGAGCUCGCACCCAACAUCCAACGUGAGGCUGUGACUCACGCCCGCUGCUUCGCACGCGUCGAGCCUUCGCACAAGUCCAAGAUCGUCGAGUUCCUUCAAGGAUUUGAUGAGAUCACUGCUAUGACGGGAGACGGUGUGAAUGAUGCCCCAGCCUUGAAGAAGGCAGAGAUUGGCAUCGCCAUGGGCUCCGGCACCGCCGUGGCCAAGUCCGCUUCUGAGAUGGUCCUCGCCGAUGACAACUUCUCUUCUAUCGUGGCCGCGGUUGAGGAAGGCCGUGCUAUUUACAACAACAUGAAGCAGUUCAUCAGAUACCUGAUCUCUUCAAAUGUAGGAGAGGUCGUCUGUAUCUUCCUUACUGCAGCACUGGGCUUCCCCGAGGCCCUGAUACCAGUCCAGCUGCUCUGGGUCAACCUGGUGACCGACGGCCUGCCCGCCACCGCCCUCGGUUUCAACCCACCAGACCUUGACAUCAUGGAGAAGCCUCCUCGCAACGCUAAAGAGCCCCUCAUUUCUGGAUGGCUCUUCUUCCGAUACCUGGCCAUCGGCGGGUAUGUGGGGGCUGCUACAGUCGGGGCUGCAGCCUGGUGGUUUACGCUCUCUGAAGAUGGACCCCAGAUCACUCUGUACCAGCUGAGUCACUUCCUCCAGUGUGGCCCGGACAAUCCUGAUUUUGACGGCCUGGACUGCGAGGUGUUUGAGUCCCCCUACCCCAUGACUAUGGCCCUGUCCGUGCUCGUUACCAUUGAGAUGUGCAACGCUCUGAACAGCCUGUCCGAGAACCAGUCCUUGUUGAGGAUGCCUCCCUGGGAGAACAUUUGGCUGCUGGGUGCCAUCUGCCUGUCCAUGUCACUUCAUUUCCUCAUCCUCUAUGUGGAGCCUCUGCCCGUCAUCUUCCAGAUCACCCCGCUGGACACCACCCAGUGGAUGAUGGUGCUGAAGAUCUCCAUUCCCGUCAUCCUGCUGGACGAGCUGCUGAAGCUGGCGGCCAGGAACUAUUCGGACUUGGCAAAGGCCAUGUAGGCUCAAAUCUGCUCCCAAUUUCUUGCAGAAAUGUUGGCUUUGAUUUGCGUGUGUGCAUGAAUGUUUUGGGGCAGCACACUUACUGUACGAGGUCUGCGUUGUCAGCGAAGACCGAGCUCGUUGAUUUUUUUUUUUUUUGGAAUGAAUAAAUGUUCUCAUUGGUCCUUCCAUCCUUGAGCAUGAACAGCCAAGAAUAAGCUUCCAUGCCUCAAUUUACCUGAACAUCUUAGUAGUUGUGUUGGUGCAUGUCUGCUAAAUCUGCUGCCUUGUGUCAUAGACAAUGUAACGACUAGAGUGUUAGCUAUGCUUCAACAGUUGAUCUUUCCUAAGGAAAUGCUUUUAUGAGCUAUUUCAAACCAUUUUUGCACCAUUAAAUGGAGCAGAUGUAAAGCAGAAGGCUUCUGUUUGUCACAUGAACUUUGGAUUCAGGUAAAUAAAAAUAGGUUUCAUGAA